GUUACGAGGUCGAUUCCCAUACUCUCUGCGUACGAUAAUAAGGUGCCAUUUAAUAUAUUUGUCGAACUUUAGUAUUUUUGGACCUCAUCCUUUGGAUUGGAUGACUCUUGUAGAGAAAAACUGUCUUGAUGGUUACUAACUAUCAUUGUGACAGGUUCGAUCCUCAUGAGGCUCCGCCUCAGCCUCCGGCGCCAGGUGAGCCAGGUGGAUUUGCUGGACCUGCAGGACCCAAUGAGCUUGGCGCAACAGGGUCACUAGGAGGUCCUGGGGGAAUUGGGGGGCCGAUGGGACCACCGUUUCCUCCUCAAUAUUUUGGUUUUAUAGAUGCCUAUAAAGACCCUGACCCUAAUACCUCUGCACCCACUGGCCCUGCCAGUGGCUCUGCUUCUAUACCUAGGCGUCCUGCAUCUAUGGGUCUUCCACCUUGGGGUCCUGCAUCUAUGGGACUUCCACCUAUGGGUCCUCCACCUAUGGGACCUCCAUCUAUGGGCCCUCCACCUAUGGGCCCUCCAGGUGGUGGGAGAAGGAGAGGAGGAGGCCGAGGUAGUGGUAGCAGUGGUGGUGGUAGUAUAAGAGGAAGAGGAGGAGGCCCUGCUCCAUUUACAGCACCUGCAAGUUUUCAACCUCCUGCAAAUCAAGGAUCCACCAAUAAUCAAGGCGGUGGGCCUGGAGCGCAUGGAAAUCAAGCACUUGCGGCAGGGCCUGUACACCAAACUCCGUUGGACUCCUUUUCGAUGGAUGAAGACAGUUACCGUGGCAAGGCACUUCACCAGUCUCGCGUACAUAAAACGGGUUAUGUGAGGAAGGGUGACAAUGUAUUCCGUGUACAACGCAUCGGCGACUUCCGAGAUGCGAACGCUGCCGCCUUUGUGAAACGGGCAAUCCAGCAGGAGGCCAAUAUGAGAGAAGAUUAUGCCAGAGCAAUACAGAGCUGGGAAGACAUAGACAUCGAUUACCCCAGGGAUUCUUUUCAUGAUGAAGAUGACGAUGAUCCGUAUGAAGCCGAUCCGAUGGAAAUCGAUUCCCCGGAUGAGAGACGGAGGCAAAUUGAUGGGUUCAAAGCCGAAUUAGCGAUCCACAUGCUCGACGUAUACAAGGCCGAGUUGGUUCUGGGCCAAGGAGUGCUGGCGAAUUUUGACCCUCACUUAGAACCACUGUCAUCUAAUGACAGAUCACCUACCAUAGAGGAAUCGGCAAGGAUGCCCGAGUUUUCGAUAAACAGAGGAAGAGACAAACCUGUCGCCGAAUCGCUAAGGAUGAACCGCUUGCUAGGACUGGAGGGUGCUGAUGAGAUUUACGAUUAUUGAGCAGCAUUAUAGUUCUACAACAUGAUAGUACUAAGGAUGGGCCCUUAUUGAAUUGAGAAUUUGACUGCCUGUAAUAUCUAUAGUUAUUGGUAUUGUGACAGGGACAGGCUGUGUGAAGUUGGACGUAUAGGGAUAUAGCCUUGGGAAACUCUCAUCACUGUUGAGAUCAUUUAACCUGUCUAUCACUAGAAUUUAGCAAGUACCGCAUAUUUGCCUAGACCUAUAUAAAUAUCUAUCUUGUAAUCUAUCACUUGAAAUAAGUAUUAUAUGGAACUGAUCAUCCAGACCGACUGUUAGUCACUCACCAUCUUCCACAUUCUGCUUGUC